AUGAAGGUAUUGUUUCUCGUUGGGGUGUUACCCGGUCUCCCCCGUAAGACUCACAUGGGUUUGAGGAAGGUUGCUCGUAUUGGUGCAUGGCAUCCUGCCAGAGUGACAGAAGGUACGGGUCAUGAAGGUGUGGUUUCUCGUUGGGGUGUUACUCGUCUCCCUUGUAAGACUCACAUGGGUUUGAGGAAGGUUGCUUGUAUUGGUGCAUGGCAUCCUGCCAGAGUGACAGAAGGUAAGGGUCAUGAAGGUGUUGUUUCUCCUUGGGGUGUUACUCGGCUCCCCCGGAAGACUCACAUGGGUUUGAGGAAGGUUGCUUGUAUUGGGGCAUGGCAUCCUGCCAGAGUUACAGAAGGUAAGGGUUAUGAAGGUGUCGUUACUCGUUGGGGUGUUACCCGUCUCCCCCGUAAGACUCACACGGGUUUGAGGAAGGUUGCUUGUAUUGAUGCAUGGCAUCCUGCCAGAGUUUCCUCCUCCACUGUUGCAAGGGCUGGUCAGAACCGUUACCACCACCGUACUGAGCUGAACAGGAAGAUUUACAAGCUCGGCAAAUCUGGAGAGGAGACCUACGAUGCCCGGCCCAAGUUUGAUAGGACUGAGAAAAGACAUCACCCCCAUGGGUGGUUUUCCUCGCACCAAUUUCUUUGA